AUGGAGGCGCUCUUUGACGAGCGCUCCAAUGACUACUUCUCCAUCGACUCUGAGACGGGCAGCGUGGUCACCGCCCGCAGCCUCGACCGGGAGACCAAGGACACCCACGUGUUGAAGGUGACUGCCUCCGACCACGGCUCCCCACGCCGUCGUUCAGCCACCACCUAUCUGACAGUGACCGUGAGCGACACCAAUGACCAUGAGCCAGUGUUUGAGCAGCCUGAGUACCGGGAGAGCAUCCGGGAGAACCUGGAGGUGGGUUACGAGGUGCUGACCAUCCGCGCCACUGAUGGCGAUGCCCCAGCCAAUGCCAACAUGCUUUACCGUCUGCUGGAGCCAGGAGCUGGCGAUGGGGUCUUUGAGAUUGAUCCACGCUCUGGGGUUGUGAGGACCCGAGCCCCGGUGGACCGCGAGGAGGUCUCUGAGUACCACCUGGUGGUGGAAGCCAAUGACCAGGGUAAGGAUCCAGGACCACGCAGCGCCACAGCUAUGGUGCACAUCACUGUAGAGGAUGAGAACGACAACUACCCUCAGUUCAGUGAAAAGCGCUACCUGGUACAAGUGCCAGAGGAUGCCCCGGUGAACAGCCAGAUACUACAGGUGCAGGCCACAGAUCGGGACCGGGGCAGCAAUGCCCAGGUGCACUACAGCAUCGUGAGCGGCAACCUGAAAGGCCAGUUCUACAUCCAUUCUUUCUCCGGCGCCAUCGACCUGAUCAACCCUUUGGAUUAUGAGACUAUUCGGGAGUACACACUCCGGAUUAAGGCCCAGGAUGGGGGCAGGCCUCCCUUGAUCAACUCCAGUGGCAUGGUGUCAGUGCAGGUCGUGGACGUGAAUGACAACGCCCCCAUCUUUGUGAGCACUCCUUUCCAAGCCACGGUGCUGGAGAACGUCCCUCUGGGCUACUCAGUGCUGCACAUCCAGGCUGUGGAUGCUGACUCUGGGGAGAACGCCCGCCUGGAGUACAAACUCAUAGAGAUGGCACCAUCCACUGGAGGUGCCCCUGUAGCUGGUGACUCUGGUUUCCCUUUUCAGAUCAACAACAGCACAGGGUGGAUCACGGUGGCUGCAGAGCUGGACCGAGAGACUGUAGAGAACUAUCACUUUGGGGUGGAGGCCAGGGACCAUGGCAUGCCAGUCAUGACCUCCUCAGCCAGCGUGUCCAUCACUGUCCUGGAUGUGAAUGACAACAACCCCACCUUCACAGAGAAGGUGUAUCACCUCAGACUGAACGAGGACGCGGCUGUGGGCAGCAGUGUCCUGACCCUGACAGCAGUGGACAGGGACGUUAACAGCGUUGUGACUUAUCAGAUCACCAGUGGCAACACCAGGAACCGCUUUGCCAUCACCAGCCAGAGUGGAGGGGGGCUGAUCACGCUGGCCUUGCCCCUGGAUUACAAGCAGGAGAGGCAGUAUGUGCUUACAGUCACUGCCUCUGACGGCACUCGCUUUGACACUGUUCAGGUCUUCAUCAACGUCACAGAUGCCAACACGCACCGCCCAGUCUUCCAGAGCUCCCACUACACAGUGAGUGUCAGUGAGGACAAGCCCAUCGGCACCUCCAUUGUCACCAUCAGUGCCACUGAUGAAGACACGGGGGAGAACGCGAGAAUCACUUACAUCUUGGAUGAUAACAUCCCCCAAUUCCGCAUCGACCCUGACACGGGCACCAUCACUACCCUGAUGGAGCUGGACUAUGAGGACCAAGCCUCUUACACAUUGGCCAUUACAGCCCAUGACAAUGGCAUCCCCCAGAAAUCAGACACCACCUAUGUUGAGAUCCUCAUCCUGGAUGCCAAUGACAACGCGCCCCGCUUUCUGCGCGACCGCUACCAGGGCUCAGUUUUUGAGGAUGUGCCGCUCUCCACCAGCGUCCUGCAGCUGUCUGCCACCGACCGUGACUCAGGCCUCAAUGGCCGUCUCCUCUACACAUUCCAAGGUGGUGAUGAUGGAGACGGAGACUUCUACAUCGAACCCACUUCUGGAGUGAUACGCACACUGCGCAAGCUGGACCGUGAGAACGUGGCUGUCUACAGCCUGCGAGCCUUUGCUGUGGACAGGGGCAGCCCACCACUGAAAGCCUCUGUGGAUAUCCAAGUGACUGUGCUGGACAUCAAUGACAACCCUCCUGUCUUUGAGAAGGACGAAUUUGACAUCUUUGUGGAGGAGAACAGCCCUGUGGGCUCUAUUGUGGCACGGAUCAGUGCGGCUGACCCUGACGAGGGGACCAACGCACAGAUCAUGUACCAGAUCGUAGAGGGGAACAUCCCUGAGGUCUUUCAAUUAGACUUGCUCAAUGGAGACCUCACUGCUCUGAUGGACCUGGAUUACGAGAGCCGGACGGAGUACGUGAUCGUGGUGCAGGCCACUUCGGCCCCUCUUGUGAGCCGGGCCACAGUACACAUUCGCCUCCUGGACCAGAACGAUAACCCACCUGUGCUGCAGGACUUCCAGAUCCUCUUCAAUAACUAUGUGACCAACAAGUCCAACAGCUUCCCCUCUGGCGUGAUUGGCAAGGUCCCAGCUCACGACCCCGAUGUGUCUGACAGCCUGGCCUACACCUUUGUGCAAGGCAAUGAAUUAAACUUGCUCCUUUUGGACUCUGCCACUGGGGAACUCAAACUCAGUCGCGAUCUGGACAACAACAGACCCCUGGAAGCCCUCAUGAAAGUGUCAGUCUCAG